UGUGAGGAAGCGGAAGGGGUGGAGCGGUGCCGGGCAGCGGCGGCGGCCAUGGCCACGGCGGGGGCAUCGGAGGGAUGCGAGCAGGGAUGCGAGCAGGGAUGCGAGCAGGGAUGCGAGCACUACCGGCGGGGCUGCCGGCUGCGGGCACCGUGCUGCGGGAAGCUGUACCCGUGCCGGCUGUGCCACGACGGCGCCGAGGAGCACCAGCUGGACCGGUUCCGUGUGUCCGAGGUGCAGUGCAGCCGCUGCCGGCUCCUGCAGAAGGCCCAGCAGCGCUGUGAGGGCUGUGGCAGCCUCUUUGGGGAGUACUACUGUGACAUCUGCCACCUGUUUGACCGUGACAAGAAGCAGUACCACUGCCAGGAGUGCGGCAUCUGCAGGAUUGGCCCCAAGGAGGAUUUCUUCCACUGCUCCAAGUGUAAUUUGUGCCUGAGCCUGAGUCUCCAAGGAAAGCACAAGUGUAUUGAAAAUGUCUCCAGGCAGGAUUGUCCAAUAUGUUUGGAGGAUAUUCAUACAUCUCGAGUUGGAGCCCAUGUUCUGCCCUGUGGUCACCUCCUUCACAGAACAUGUUAUGACGAAAUGCUGAAGGAUGGCUACAGGUGUCCUUUGUGCAUGCACUCGGCGUUGGACAUGACCAGGUACUGGCGCCAGCUGGACAACGAAGUGGCACAGACUCCCAUGCCCACGGAGUACCAGAACAUGAUGGUGGAGAUCCUUUGCAACGACUGCAAUGCCCGCUCCACGGUGCAGUUCCACCUUCUGGGCAUGAAGUGCCAGAGCUGUGAGUCCUACAACACGGCCCAGGACGGGCGGUGCCGGCUGUCCUUGGAGGAGCAGUGACCGGGAGGCGCGCCAGGCCCUGGGAGAGACUGUUUUGCAAACAGAGCAACUCUUGUAUCACUAAAAAUUCCAGUAUUCCAAGUUUAAGGAGUCCUUUACUGCAUCUUGGAGGAGGCAGGUGAGAGGAGCAGCACGAGGAGAUGUGAGGAGCAGCUGACGCAGCAGCAGGAGUUUUGGGGCAGCUGAAGGGGAAGGGAGGUUGGAGGUGCAGCUCUCAGAGGAAAUGGGUCACUUUGAGAGGCCUUUGGGGCUGUGUGUGAGGACGUGGUGUUCCCUGGGAAUGAUGUGUGUCCACAGGGACAGCGGGCAGGAGUGGCAUCCUCGGCUCCCUUCGUGCACUGUCACCUGUGUGUACAGAAUUCCCUCGAAACAAGGGAAUUGCCCUGCCUGCUGGGAUGACCAGCUGGAAGAUCCAUGUGCAAAUCCCCCCUUUUUCCCCUGGGCACCCAUCCUGACUCGCUGUCGUCCCUCUGCUCAGAUUCCUUUGCCAGUUGCAGUUGCUUUUUCCCCCAUUUCUUCCUCAUUUUGCACUGUUCACUGGCAAAGGCCGAGGUGGCAUGGGGUUUGAGACAUGUACAUAGCUGGAUUUUGCUGGUUAGGUACCUAAAGUGAAGCACAUCCUUCACAUCAGGCUGAGCCUGAGGUGUUCACUGAAAUAAAGCAGUCCAGGGUCCAAUUUUCUGUGGUUUUGGUGUUUGCUAAUGGUAGAACUUCACUGAGGGAGAGAAUGGGGGAGGUGAACGGCUGCCUUUUGAAAGAAAUAAAAACCCCAACUCCACCCUCUUUCGUGUAACAUCCUGCCUGAGGUGUUUUGCAGUCUUAAAUAUUGCAGAAAGUCCUUGAUUUCUGUGAAUCUUACAUGCAGAUACUUUACAAUAAUAAGAUUUUAAAAAGGGUCCAUUACUCUUCAGGUUAUAACUACUCAUUUUUAACUUGAUCUGUUGUAAAAUGAGCUUUUCUUAAUCCAGCAGUGCCCGGUUUUUGUAGGGAAUAUUUAGGAUUUGGAUGGUAGCUAUUGUAGCUUGCCUUGGCUGGGGUAUCUUUUUCUGGAGCACUUUUCUCACUGCUAUAAAUAAAUAUAAAAUAAGAUCUCUAUUAAAAUAAACAAACGAC